AAGAUCAAAUCACAUAUUCAACUGGUUCUGGUUCACUUCCAUAUGCAGUCGGUGUUGGUGAUUUCAAUCAUGAUCAACAUAUAGAUAUAGCUGUAGCUAACUAUGGUGCCAAUAAUAUUGGUAUUGUUCUUGGAACUGGUAAUGGUACUUUCAUGUCACAAAUUACUUUUUCUACUGGCUCAUCUCGUCCAUUAUGGAUUGCUGUUGGUGAUAUGAACAAUGAUAAACAACUCGAUAUAGUCGUUGCAAAUUAUGGUACUAAUGAUAUAGGCAUUCUUUUUGGAGAUGCUAUUGGAAAUUUUGCAAUACCAAAAACAUUUUCAACUGGCUAUGAUUCUGUUCCAUAUUCACUUGUUGUUUCGGAUCUUAACAAUGAUAAUAAACUUGAUAUUAUUGUUGUAAAUCAUGGCACUAACAAUGUUGGUAUAUUUGUUGGGCGUGGAAAUGGUACAUUUGAAGCACAAUUCAUAAUUAGUACUGGAUAUGAAUCUCAACCUUAUUCAGUUGCUGUUGAAGAUUUAAAUAAUGAUACUUAUAUGGAUAUUGUAGUUGCUUGUUCUGGUUUAAAUACAAUUGAUGUCCUCUUAGGCUUUGGAAACGGAAGUUUCACAAUACCAUACAAAUAUUCAACUAAUAACAAUUCAUUUCCAUUAUCGCUAGUAAUUGGUGAUUUUGAUAAUGAUACUCAACUUGAUAUUGCUGUAGCAAACUAUGACAAUGAAAGUGUGGGUGUAUUUUUUGGAUAUGGAAAUGGAUUUUUUACAGAUCAACUAAUAUUCUUCAGUGUUGAUUACAAUUUUAAUCCAUAUGCCAUUGCUGCUGGUGAUUUCAAUGGUGACAAUCGAUUAGAUAUUGCAGUGGUCAAUUACGAUUACAAUUAUGUUGAUAUCGUUCUGACAUAUCGAAAUUAUACGUUCUUAAGUCAAAAUACCUAUUCAACAGAUAAUGGCAGUAAUCCGACUUCCAUCGCUGUUGUCGACUUUAAUAAUGAUAAGCAACUGGAUAUUGUCGUCGCUAAUUAUGGAACAGAUAAUAUUGGUAUAUUUCUGGGUUAUGGUAAUGGUACUUUCUCAACUCAAAUAACUUAUUCAACUGGAGACAAUUCUCAACCACAAGCAGUUACUAUUGGUGAUUUUAAUAAUGAUAAACAACUAGAUAUUGUCGUCGCCAAUAAUGGAACAAAUAAUAUUGGCAUAUUUCUUGGGUAUGGUAAUGGUACUUUCUCAAGUCAAACAAUCUAUUCGACUGGCAAUGGCUCUAGGCCACGUGAUGUCGCUGCUGGUGACUUUAAUAAUGAUGGACAACU